GCGGGCCGUUUGCUUUCUGAAGUGCAAGUUUCGAGAGUUGUUACGGCUGAGUUUAAUUAACCAAGAAGUUCUAUCACGGGGCAUAUUCUGUUUCAGGAGCCUCCAGUUGCAAACUUCCAUAGCUACUAACAAGAAAGGGAUUAUUACGAGGGCCCUGAGAGGCUGAGACAUCAAUGUGCUGCUCAUCUAUAAGUUCGGAACUCUCUUGUUCGACUAUAUCGGGGACCUGAGAUUGGACAGAACUGCUAAGGAGAUGGCUAAGGCUGGAAAGUUGCUCCUUUUGGACUGCUGGGUCAGUCCGUUCUGUAUGCGGGUCAAGAUUGCGCUAGGCGAGAAAGGGGUUGAUUUCGAGCUCCAGGAGGAGAACCUGUUUGGGGGUAAGAGUGAGCUACUGCUCACUUCCAACCCGGUUUACCAGAAGGUGCCAGUGCUGCUCCACGAAGGGAAACCGUUAUGCGAGUCCACCAUCAUCGUUGCAUACCUCGACGAGACCUGGGCCUCCCCACCCUUGCUCCCACCCUGUUCAUACGGGCGAGCCCAGGCCCGGUUCUGGGCCGACUUUGUUGACAAAAAGGUGUUUGAUACCGGAAAGGGGAUAUGGGGCAGCAUCGGAGAAGAAAAGGAGGCGGCCACCAAGAGCUUCAUUGAGAUCCUGAAGCAGCUCGAGGCUGAAGCGCUCAAAGAGAACUACUUCGGUGGUGAUACGUUCGGGUUUGUGGACAUCAUAACAAUCGCCGUGACCUCAUGGUUCCCUGUCUAUGAGAAGUUCGGAGGCUUCAAGGUGGAGGACCACUGCCCAAAGCUCUCGGCCUGGAUCAGGAGGUGCAUGCAGAGGGAGACUGUCGCCAAGGUCAUCCCCGACCCAGAGAAGGUCUGCGAGUUCGUGGCCAUGAUGAGAAAGAUGCACGGUCUCGAGUAGGCAUAUACGAGACCGUGGAUAAUAGCUUUGUUUGGAAUGUACUGUUCCAUCAUUACCUCUUCAAAUAAGGGAUGAAAAAUAUGGUUGAGAAUAAAUCAUUUUCCUUCAUCUUGCAAAGUCAUAAAGAACAAAGAUAAUCUGACCAUGCAGGUUUGAGGUC